AUGCUCGGCCUGCCGCAAUGCGACCUGUCCGGGAAGCGCGUGCAGUCGCUCGUUCACCCCUCCGAUAGAGCCGCCCUGGAGUCUCCUUCCUCCCAUCAGUCUCCUUCCUCCCAUCAGUCUCCUUCCUCCCAUCAGUCUCCUUCCUCCCAUCAGUCUCCUUCCUCCCAUCAGUCUCCUCCUCUCCCACCCACCACCCUCCUCUCGCAUUCUCCGCUGAUCCCUGUCCCGCCUCUCCCGCCUGUCCCAUGUCCCGCCUUUCCCCCUCCCACUUGCCCUGCCGCACCGUCGCAACCUUGUCAGUGCAAUACUUUCCAUCCCUCCAUCUCCCCAUCCUCAUCUCCCAUCCUCCAUCUCCCCAUCCUCCAUCUCCCCAUCCCUCAAUCUCCCAUUCCCUCCAUCUCCCCAUCCUCCAACUUCCCCAUCCCUCAAUCUCCCAUUCCCUCCAUCUCCCCUUCCCGCCAUCUCCCCUUCCCCCCAUCUCCCCUUCCCCCCAUCUGCCCGCGCGCAAGGCAGCUGUGGGGGGAGUGCGCAGCGGACAGCAGCCGGCGGAAGCGGCAGGUCCUGGGUGCGGCUGGCAGUGCUAGGACAGGGCGAAGGGGGGAAGGGGGGCGAGGGGGAGAAACUGGGGGAAUGGAAGAGGGGCGCAGAGCUUGCUCCGGCGCGAGUGUCAAGGAUGACUGCAAGGAUCAAAGGAUGGUUCUCUGCACCUUCCUUGACGCCACUGAGCAGAGACUGCGUCAGGUACUGAUGCUGCAGCAGCUGAGGGAGUGUGCGCAGCUCACACCCUCUCGGUUUCACCUGCCUCACUCUCUCCUCCCCUUCCCCCUCCUUCCUCCCCUCGCUUCCCUGGGAGCAGGUGCUGAUGCUGCAGCAGCUGAGGGAGUACCCCCUCCAGUGGACCCCAUCCAGGUGUUCACAACCCCCGACUUUACUCUCCGAGACUGCAACGACGCCACAGUGCAAAUCAUCGGAUACCCAUCCAAAGAGGCUGCACUGGCCAGCCUCAGCAUCGUCAAGCAGUCCCCCGAGUUCCAGCCGUGCGGGCGGCAAAGUUUGGAGUAUUUCCUGGAGAUUCUGGAGGGGAUCCUGAGGGAGGGCGGGCUGCCGCCCUUUGAGUGGAGCAUGGAGCAUGUUCUCCUUGGAUGGCCAACCGUGCACGGUGCUUGUGAAAGGCAAGGUGAGAGGGAGAAGUGGCACGGUGAGAGCGAGAAGUGGCAAGGUGAGAGGAAGGCAAACACUUGGCAGCGCUCCUACGUCGGCGUCAUUUCUUCCUCCGGAAACGCCCUCAUCCAUAUCAUCUCAGACGUGCUUGACAUCUCGAGGAUUGAGACGAAAUCCCUGGUUCUGGAUCACUCCCCGUUCAACCUGCACGACACUGUGAACGAGGCGGUGGAGGCCGUGAGGAUCGCGGCCGAAAGCAAAAAACUCAAGUUGCACAUCAGCGUGGGCGGGGGCGUGCCGGAGUGGGUGGAGGGGGAUCAGCUGCGGGUGAGGCAGAUUCUGCUCAAUCUGCUCUCCAACGCCAUCAAGUUCACCGACCACGGCCAAGUCCUCCUCUCCGCCGCCCUCUCUGCCAACCCCUUUGAAUCCGAAGCCAUUGGGGAAGCUUGUCACGUAGUGGCUUUGCCAGGUGUGGCUUCGCCAGGUGUGGAUGAGGAGGGGAGGGUGGCAGGAGCGGCACGGAGGCCUGCAUUUGGACAGAUGGAGGGGGCCCUUCCGGAAACAUCAGCAGCAGCAGCAACGGGACCUGGUGUGGCAGCAGCAGCAGCAGCAGCAGCAGCAGCAGGAGGAGCAGGAGCAGGAGCAGGAGGAAGAGAAAGGGGCUGGGGAAGUGGAGGGGGAGGGGAGGACGGUAUGGAUGAAGAGAUGGCAAGGCAGACAGUGAGGGAGGCAGAGGGCGACGGAGGUGACGGAGGUGAGGGAGGCAUGGAAGAUGAGUUAGCAAAGCAGAGGUUGAGGGAGGAUCUGGACCGCAUAAUGAACGAGCCGUGGGUGCUCACUCCCGCCACCGCCUCCCUUGCUGCCGCUCAGGCCGGCCUUGCUGCUGCCUCCGUGUGGGUGCUCAGGCCGGCCUCGCUGCUGCCCGCGCUCUCCUGCCCCUCCAGACUCAAAGAGCAGAAGAGCGAGCGGGAGAAGCCAACACAGAAGGCCGGAACAGCAGCGGCAGCGAAAAAAACAGCAGGAAAAACGGCGGAGAAGGGAAGGAGGAGGCGAAAGAAGAAGGGGCGGGUGCGGGUGUGGGUGAGAGUAGACGUGAAGGACACAGGCAUGGGCUUAUCAGGAGACGCCCUGACGCGCCUCUUCUCCCCCUUCUGGCAGGUGGACGACUCGUCGUGCCGCAAGCACGGCGGCACGGGGCUGGGUCUCUCCAUCUGUCGCUCGCUCGCGGCGCUCAUGGGGGGGUGCAUCUCCGUCGCCUCCUCCCCCGCCACGGCUCCACCUUCUCCCUCUCCCUGCCCUUCACUCCUUCCUGCUCCCCGCUGUGACAGGGAUUCCCAGCAGCAGCGGGAGGAGAGGGUGGAGGGAAGUGACCAAUCUGCAGCUGCAGCAGAAGCCACAGCAUCAGGAGGUUUUGCAGAGGGCAUGGUGGAUGCAGGAGGUUUGGCAGAUGAAGAGAGACGAGAGCAGGGUUUCUCGGAGGGGCAGAGGAAGCGCAAGAGAGACUCCUGUGGAAUCGAAAGGGAAGAGGAGGCAUUGGAGGAGGAGGAAGCGGACGAGGAAGAGGAAGACGAGGAGGAAAGCGAGGAGGAAGAGGAGGGAAGAAUGAGGGAAUCAGGAGAGCAAGGGUUGGAUGACAGAAAGAGAGCGACAGAGGAGCAGCGCGACGAGGAGGGGGGGGAGACCGUGGAAAGAGGACAUUCCCCCGGAGACGAGCAGGCAGCAUGUCCGUGGACCACGCCUUUGUCUCCCAAUCACAGCAACAGCAAGACCGCUGGUAGCGGCGGCAGCAGCGGCAGCGGCAGCGGCAGCAGCAGGGGCGGCGGCAGCGGAAGUGGCAGUGGGAGCAGGGGUGCUGCUGCUGGCGCUGCUGCUGGCGCUGCUGCUGGUGGUGCUGGCGGUGGUGGCGGCAGCAGGCAGCAGGGGAGGAGGCCCUUCUCUGGGCUGCGGUGUCUGGUGGUGGAGGACAACGCGGUGAAUCGCAUGGUGGUGGUGCAGCUGCUGAGGAACCUGCGAGUCUCGUGUGACGUGGCAGAGAACGGCCACAAGGCCGUGGAGGCCUGCCGCUCCACCAACUACCACGUCAUCUUCAUGGACUGCCACAUGCCAGUCAUGGACGGGUUUGAAGCCACCACGCGCAUCCGGGAGCUUCAAUUACACGCAGAGCAGGGAGAGGGGCAGCGGAAGGAGCAGCCAGAGGGGCAGCGAUCAGAGCAGCGAGAGGAGGAUGAGAGGACUGAUCAGGGAAGGGUAGCUCAGCAGCGCUCUAGUGUCCCAGAGGAGGAGGAGAGAAGGGCGGGGCACAACAACAGUGUGGUGCAGAGGUCGACAAUAUAUGCUGUCACUGCAAGCACCAUGAAGCACGAGAGGGACAAGUGUGCGCAUGCAGGCAUGGACGGGUUCCUGGCGAAGCCCAUCCGCCUGAGGGACCUUGAACUGGUACUCUCAGAUCGUUGCACGGGAUAG